AGGAGGAGCUGACCACAGAGGAGGAGGAGCUGACCAGGGAGGAGGAGGAGCAGACCAGGGAGGAGGAGGAGCUGACCACGGAGGAGGAGGAGCUGACCACGGAGGAGGAGGAGCUGACCAGGGAGGAGGAGGAGCAGACCAGGGAGGAGGAGGAGGAGCAGCAGACCACUGCCCAGCAGGAGGAGCAGACCAAGCGGUGGGAGGCGACGGAGUUGGAGGAGGAGCAUGUCCAUGAUGCUGCCGUCCCCCCCCUGGCCGGGGACCCCCCGGCCGCGGACCCCCCGUCCCCGCCGCCGUCCAAAGACGACUUCCAGGAGGAGCUGGUGAUCCGACCGCUCCACUCCGGAGACAUCUACGCCAGCUUCCAGUUCCGCACGGUCUGGGACGCCGACUUCAUGGGAGACCAGAAAGUGUCCCACUACCGGCUGUUCCCCAAGUCGCUGGGCCAGGUGAUCACCAAGUUCUCGGUGCGAGAGCUGCACAUCUCCUUCACCCAGGGCUACUGGAGGACGAUGCAGUGGGGUCAGCCCUACCUGCCCUCCCCCCCGGGCGCCGAGCUCUGGGUCUGGUUCCAGGACACGGUCACUGACGUGGACGGAACGUGGAAGGAGCUGACCAACGUGCUGUCGGGGAUCUUCUGCGCCUCGCUGAACUUCAUCGACUCCACCAACACCGUGCAGCCCAGCGCCUCCUUCAAACCUCUGGGCAUCGGCAACGUGACGGACCACAGCUUCCUCCGCUACGCGACGCUCCCACGGGAGAUCGUCUGCACCGAGAACCUGACUCCCUGGAAGAAGCUGCUGCCGUGUGGCUCCAAGGCCGGUCUGUCGGUCCUGCUGAAGUCGGAGAAGCUCUUUCACAGCACCUUCCACUCCCAGGCCGUGCACGUGAGGCCGGUCUGCCAGGACCCCCAGUGCCGGACCACCUCCAUGGAGCUGAGGCAGACCCUCAACGUGGUGUUCGACCUCCACACCUCCGGCCAGGGCAAGCGAGAGUGGUCGCUGUUCAAGAUGUUUUCCCGGACCCUGACGGAGGCGUGUCCGCUGGCCUCCUCCAGCAAGGUGUACGUCGACGUCACGGACAACCCGCAGGGGGAGCAGUUUGAGCUGAGCCCGGCCACGCCCCUACUGACCCAGGCCGUGGUUCUGGGAGACCGGAGGACCUACUCCGUCUACGACCUCACCCAGCAGGCCUCCUUCGGGUCCUCACGCUCCCUCAACAUGCUGCUGCGCUGGAAGGCCGCCGAUGGCGAGAUGCUGCGGCCGCUGCUCCACAGCGAGCGCUACGUGGCGGGCUAUGGCCUGCAGGCGGGCGAGAUCCACACGCUGAUAUACAACCACCACCCGUACCGCGCCUUCCCCGUGCUGCUGCUGUCCGCCGUGCCCUGGUACCUGCGGCUCUACAUCCACACGCUGACCGUCAGCAGCAAGGGCAAGGACAACCGGCCCAGCUACAUCCACUACCAGCCGUCCAAGGACCGGGAGCGGCCCCACCUGCUGGAGAUGCUGCUGCAGCUGCCGCCCAACUCCGUCACCGAGGUCACGGUGGAGUUCGAGAGGGCGCUGCUUAAGUGGACCGAGUACACCCCAGACCCCAACCACGGCUUCUACGUCGGGUCGUCGGUCAUCAGCGCCCUGGUGCCAAGCGUGGUCGCCAUGGACACCAACAGCACCCUGGACCGCCCGCUCUUCAGCAGCUUCUUCCCCUGCAAGGAGGAGGCCAGCUACUUCAUGCGUGUCUACACGGAGCCGCUGCUGGUCAACCUGCCCACGCCCGACUUCAGCAUGCCCUACAACGUCAUCUGCCUCACCUGCACCGUGGUCGCCGUGGGUUACGGCUCCCUGUACAACCUGCUGACGCGCACCUUCCAGGUGGACGAGCCCAGCCCCGGGCUCGCCAAGCGCAUCGCCAACGUCAUCCGCCGGUUCAGAGGGGUGCCGCUGCUAUGAUGACAGUGGCAGGAAGUGACGUCACGGCUAGCGGCGGCGGCGGCGGCGGAGGCGGGACGGUGGAGCUCGCCCGCUCGAGCCGAACAACGUGACAAAAGUCUGUUGUUCAGGGAGGAAGGGGGGG